ACUAAAAAUGAAAAACAACAAUAAAUUACUCUACCCAUGCAUUUCAUAUCUACAUAAAUAAUCUAUUAACUACUCCAAGACUUUCUUUCCCCAACCUAACCAAGUACGGAGUAUUAAACACUAAACUCCGAAAAUAAAACACCAAAUUUAAGCCAUCUUCCGAUGAAAACAUUAGAGCAACAUUUCCACAGAGUUAUGGAGUUAAUUUCCGCCGUUAAGGAUACAUGGAAAGUCUUCAUAAUUGGAGCCAUUAUUAGUUGCUUAAUGCUCCUCCUCCUUCUCCAUGAAAAUGACCAAAAUACAAGUUUUCCUACCCAUGCUAGAAUUACGGCGGUGGGGAAUUUCCCACCGCCGCUUUCCGGUGAAUCGGAAUCUAGCAGCAUAGUUGCAAACGAUAUGGAGCCUUCCAUUUUUACUACUGCCUCCAUUCUACCACCGUUACCUAGCAUUGUUGUUAUGGCUCCGGAGCCUUCUGCACUCACUCCGCCGAGCAUGAUUUUUAUGGCUCCGGAGCCUUUACCUAGCAACAUUGUUAAGGCUCCGGAGCCUUCUUCUGUUCAGGCUCCGGAGCCUUCUAUUUUUCCUACUUCUAUUCCACCACCUUUACCUAGCAACAUUGUUAAGGCUCCGGAGCCUUCUUCUGUUCAGGCUCCGGAGCCUUCUUCUGUUCAGGCGGCUCCGGAGCCUUCUUCUGUUCAGGUUCAGGCUCCGGAGCCUUCUUCUGUUCAGGCUCCGGAGCCUUCAAUUUUUACCACUUAUAGCCAACCAUCUUUCGGUAGCAUGAUUGCUAAUCAUCCUGUUGAGAAACCCAACUUAAAUCUAGUUGAUGACAUUCAGAAACCAAAUGUUAGUGGGUUAGACAAAGCAGAAAAGAAACCUGUAAACAAGAAGUGUGAUAUCUAUGAUGGGAGAUGGGUUUACAAGGCGGAUGCAGAACCUACAUAUUGCCCGUUGAAGUGUCCAUUCGUUGAGGAGAAGAUGAGUUGUAAGAAGAAUGGGAGACCAGAUUUGGAGUAUGAAAAGUGGGUUUGGCAACCAAGAGAUUGUGACAUUCCUAUGCUUAAUGGAACAGAUUUGGUGGAAAGAUUUAGAAACAAGAGAAUUGUGUUAGUAGGGGACUCACUCAACAGAAAUAUGUGGGAAUCUCUUGCUUGUACUUUGUAUUCCAACAUUCCUUAUCCUUCUUUAAAAGCUCAAAUCCUAUAUGAAGACCUACAUGUUAGGACCUUCAUGAAGGCAAAGGAGGACUAUAACUUCACUGUAGAAUUCUUUUGGAGCCCAUUUCUUGUUGAAAUCAACAAAAAUCAUGAAAGUGGCAAAAAAGUUCUCGUGCUCGAUAGACUGGCCAAUCCCGAGCAAUGGCUAAAUGCUGAUAUUCUGAUAUUCAACUCAGGCCACCAUUGGACUCAAGUACCCCCCAAAAGAGCGUGGGACAUAUUCGAAUACAAAGGGAAGCUUAUAGAAAAGAUGCCACUACACCAAGCAUUUACACGAGCCAUGAGAACAUGGGCAAGUUGGGUGGAAACAAAAACAGACCCAAAGAAAACAACCGUUUUCUUUAGAAGCCUCUCCGUCGAACACAUAUCUUCCUUUCAUAAACAAAGUUGCGAAACUAGAACAGAACCCUUCAUGGAUGAGUCUUAUAAAUUUAUUUUUCCUAGGACUUUAGUUCGUGUUGCCGAAAACGUCGUCAAAGGGAUGAAAAAAUCACAGGUAAAAUACUUGAACAUUACUAAAUUGACUGAAUAUAGGAUAGAUGCACAUCCUUCUAUUUAUAGGUUUAAUGAUUGGAAGAUUCGUAUUAAAAAUAACAAACUUUAUCCACCAAUUAUUCCUGAUUGUGGUCAUUGGUGUCUUCCUGGAGUACCUGAUACUUGGAAUAGAUUGGUAUAUGCUUCUUUGUUUUUUGAUAACUAUGGGGAUGUAUCUAGUUCUUAGGUUCUAGAUUCAAAAUGUUUAUAGACCUAUUUGAUGAAUUGUAAUUAAAAAUAUUAAUUCCUUUUUUGUUUUUGUUGUUGUAAUGAAUGUAUACACUCGUACCUUAUGUUUGUAAAUUUUACUUCAAAUAUCGUAA